CCGAUAAACAUAUCAGAGAAAUGGAGCCGGAUGACAUGUCGUUUCUAGAGAUCUCCGGCGAAGAUGAUUCGCUGUUGCCGCUGCAACAGAGCCCUGAUGACGACGUAAAAAGUUUCAAAAAGACCUAUUUCACUUGUUCGCCUAUGCUGAUCCCUAGAUCUAACCGUUCCAUUCAUCCUCCUCCGCCUCUUGUCUCUCCAAUUGCGGGAGUGACGGGCAAGGAGAACGAAGAAGAUCUAAAUUUGUCAACACGCAGAGAUAGUGUUAAUGAAGAGAAUACAAGUAUGAACAAACCAGAAGUGCCAAAACUCAGUAUGGAGCCGCAACAGAUGAAGAGGAAGAAGAAGGGUGGAGGGUACAAUUUGCGCAAAAGCUUAGCAUGGAACCGAGCUUUCUUUACUGAAGAAGGUGUUUUGGAUCCUUCAGAGUUGUCUUUAAUUAGUGGCAACAUCGGUAAGUCUAGCGGGGAGAUGUUGUCAGUUAUCGAUGAAGAUAGGAGAGAAUCGUUGGUGGGUGAAUCAGAAGAUUUGACAGCUCUUGAAGAAAAUUUGUUUAAGGAGCCGCCAGCAAGUACUAUAAAGGAGGAUAGGAAGAGUGCUGGUUCAUCAUUGCCAAAGAAGGUUGCAUCGGCUGGAGUUAAUCGUAAUGUAGCAUCUCCUUCAGUGGCCAAGCGAAAGGUGCUUUCAGCUCAAGAUGUUAACAGAAGUGGAUCUAAACGCAGUGGUUGUCCACGACCUGUUGCUUCAUCUACUGUGAAAAGACCUGCGAAUGUGAGUACAACGAAAGCAGCAACUAAAGAAUUAAGUGUGUCAAAGAUACCAGUUCGAAAACCGGAUCCCUCUGCGCAUCCUGCAACUGUUAUAAGCACUAUUCCGGGUGUGAGCAACUUAAAAAGGAAUCAGAAUGUUCAACCAGCAGUCAGUGUUCAAAGAAACAUUGGACCAAAGAGUUCCUCAAAAAAUUCUACAAGUGCUCGAAGCAAUGCAAGAUCUGGCUCGCAACCCAGCAGAUCGGUAGUCGUGAAAUCUUCUGUGCAACAAGUUAGAAGAAAUGUGGCCAGCUCAGCAUUGGAAAUCCAUUCGUCAACCAAUUCACAACAUUCUCUUAUCACCAAAGCUAAUGAUGCCUCAAAGAUCAACCCAGGUCCAGCUCUUCCAGCUUCUGGGCACUCAUCAAACAACGAUGAUGGGAAUUCCAACAAAAUUGCAACUUCUUUUCCACCAAAGGCUCCCCGUAGUGGUGCAAACAUGCAACAUUUGCAACUGCAAACUGCAAAACCAUCAGGUUUGCGGAUGCCGUCGCCGUCAUUGGGAUUCUUUAAUCAGUCAAAAACUUCCUCUGCACAUAGUUUAUUACAGAGAAGUAAUAAAGCUUGCAAUGUUCCCAAGUCCAACAUUCCUAAUUUGAGGAAAUUUGAUGCCUCUAAUGUUAUUCAUGAGAGUCCUGUUCCUGUACCUGCGAAGAUACCUGACAUUGUUUCUGGCAUGACAACAAGUGCAAAUCUGAGAGUCUCAAGCUCAGUUACAGGAUCCUCUUGUCCAUCUAAUCUUAAUUCUGGUUCACUUGAAAAGACAAAAUCCAACUUGCAUGGAAAUGCUACUCGAAAGGUGGAACUGAAUGUCCCAUCUAACUCUAACAGUUUCGACAUUGUAAAUAGCGAGCAAAGUUUACAUAUUUGCAAUGAUAUUGAUCAAUCUCUGAAAACUGUGGAUCGAAGAACAAAUGAGAAGAUUUCUCACGCAGUGGAUAAUGAACUACAGUGUAGUGAUAAUAGAUUGCUCUUACUAAGUGCACCAUCUGGCCAAUUCAUGAAAGAUGAAGCUAAAGAGAGAGUUUCCAAUAUUUGCCCAAUGAAUAUAGAAUUGACUGGGUCUAAAUUGGAGAAUGAUUAUAUUACGCCCCAACUUCAACUGGCAGUGCAAGUUCAAGGUGUUUUUGAGACAAAGGAUAUGAUUGACAACAAAUGUGAAGAGGGCAAAAUGUGCAGUGCGUCAAUUAAGGAUCACAGUGCCUCUUCACAGUCACAAUCUGGAGAUGCCAAUGGUACUGUUUUAGAGCCACAAUCUGGAGAAGCCAAUGUUUAUAGUAUUAAGGGCACUUCAAAACAGCAUGAUGAUUUGUUAAGUUGUGCGCAUGGUGUUAAUGAAGAAAUGAUGAAGCAAGAUGAGGAGACAAUGCCUUCUACCCUGCAGGUUGAUCAGAUUAAAAGUGAGACACAAAGUCCAUCAAUAAAUAAUAACAGUUUUUCCAGGGAGAGUAGAUCUUCAGAGUUUCAGAAGUGCACAAGGACAAAGGUUGCAAAUUCCAGUCCAGAAGGAAAAGAAUGCGUUGCUGGAGUUGAUAAUUUCUGUACCAAAUCAGAAGCGCAGACAGCUGAUGUCAGUCAAUCAGUUGGAAUGGGAAAAGCUGUUUUGGGCUCUUCAGCCUUGGAUAAUAUGGUUGUUGAUGUGAAUGAAACUGUAAUUGAUGCUAAUGGAAGUGAAUUGAAAAGUUCUGGUGCUGUUUAUUCAAAACAACUGACACAGCAUGAUAGUGGCUUUGAUAUGGCUGUAGAGCACCCACAUGAUGAUACAAAGUCAGGUUUGAUGGAUCCAGAUUUCAGGUGUGAUAUCAAACCCCAUAAUCAAACUACUUCUGGCAUGUCACAAAUGUUGGAUAAAUAUCAAAAAUCAGGUGUGGUAACCAAUGGCAACACUAAAGUCCCCAGUGUUGAACAUGAACUUGUAGAAUACAAACAAUGUAAUUUAUCAAUAAAAAAUUACCGUUCUGAUUCUGAAUUACAGCCUGGAGAUGAUAUUUACUAUUGCCAGCAAAAUACAUCAAUAGUGCACAACAAUCAGUUGAAUUACACACAUGUUGUCAACACUCUGUCCACUGAGGGGAACCAGAUUCAAGAGGCUUAUGAUGAACUGUUGUUUGAGGAGUGCAUGCCUUUUGAAAAGUCCAGAGAAUCUAAUUCUAGUGAAGUUGUAGAUGUUUGUCUGGAUGCUCCCAGCUGUUUUGGUAGAGAACCGGAAAGCCCUCAUGCUCUAUGUCAACAUGAAUAUGUAAAGCAAACAAAUGAAGAAGUUGCUGUAGUUGGUGAUACAUUUAAGCAUUCACUUGUGGAAGAUGCCCAGAUGCUGGUUUUAGAUGGGAGUUUAUCAGUUGAUAGCUGCAACUGUAACUUCACUUCUUCAAAAGUGAAGGGUAAGUCCUCUGUGGAUGUUGAUGAUGUACAUUUUUCUGACCCUGUAGCUGCACAAGCUUCCUUAGAUGCUCAUGGAUUGUGUUUGGGUGUCACGCUGAUUGUAAAUAACUGUUCUUCUGAAGAGCUGCUGGAGAGGAAUGUCUGUGGAAGUGUCAUGGAUGUUGUUUUACACCAAUUUGAUGCUUGUGUAAAUGAAGUAAGUUCUGUUGUAUGUAUUCAGGCAGCCACAGCAGUUAAGUAUGAUGGUGUUGAUGAGGACCCGAAGGCAGAGUACCCAUCUGAGGAGGGUAAAAUGUCAGGAUCUGUUGAGAUUGAACCAUCGGUCAAAAAUCUUGAGUGUUAUACUGAUACGAAGUUCAGGCAUGAUGAUGAUGAACUUAGUUCUCCUACUUGGUCAUUGACAUGUGGUGUGUCUUUGAAUAUGAAUGAAGGUCAAAAUUCAUUAACAGCAAAUUCUUGCGAUUCUCAUACAUUUUGUUUGCUGAACAAAGAAUCUAUGUUUUCGGUUGAAGCAAAUCAGUCAGUGUCAGGCAUAGAAAAUAUAGAAGUUGACAUAUUGAAGAGUGAUACUUUUGCAGAGGAAGCUAGUAUUUCUCAAAACAAUGAGAGUUCUACUGGUGAAAUGCAGCUUGAGCUAGAUGAGAAGUAUGUCACAGAUGAUGUAACAAUGUCAUUAACUGGAAGCGUCUUUCAAGAUGUAAAUGCUGAUUCAAUGAAGAUUGAUAUUUUGCCAGAAGAAGUUAGUAUAGUUCAAAGUGAUGGCAGAGCUAUUGUUGAAAUGCAGCAUGAGUCAGAAGUUGCAACGAUGUCAUUAACUGGGAGUGUCUUACCGGAAGUAAAUGUUAAUUCAAUGACGAGUGAUGUUUCACCUAAGGAAGCUGAAACCAUCAUUUCUCAAAAGAACAGCAGUCCUAAUAAUGAAAUCCACCAUGAGUUGGAUGAUGUCAUAAAAGAUAAGGAUACAACAAAACUUCUUAAUAAAUCUGGGAAUGAUAAGAAGCAAGAUAAUCUGGUGAUAAAACCUCCUCCACAUGCUGUUCCAUUUUCUGAUGAGUGGUUAGCUGCAUUUGAAGCUGCUGGAGAGGAAAUUCUAACCAUGAAAAGAGGUGCUGUGCAACAUUCACCCCCAGACAAGACUCAAAAUGAACCUGGUCCAUGGUCGCCGGUGAAGCGAAAGAACAAUCAAGGAAUUGGUCCAUAUGACUGUACAAAAUUUACCAACAACAUCCCUCCAUCCAGUUCCUAAUUAAUCAGACUUGGGUUUGCUAAUGCCUAAUCAUUCUUUUGUCACUAACAUCGUGACUGAUUUUGAACCACGCCAUAUUCUGAGCAAAUAUUAUUGCCUGAAUUAUGGGUUGCUCUGAUAUUUGUACCAAAGCAAAUUUGUUUCUUCUCUAUCCACGCAACCAUCUACAAAGUGUAA